AUGUCGUUGAUCCCAUACCAGCCUCAGGAAGGCCGCGAGAUUGUGCUACGACAUCGCAAUGCCAUCGUUGUGCGCGAUCCCAGUUCGCAGCGCCUGGAGAUUCGAGGCCAUCCCGAAUGCCCUACUUGCCACCGCCCGCUAGGCCCCUCGCCGUCGGAACAUUCGUUCGAUCACCAGUAUGGCGUUGACCCCGAUUCCUAUGUUGACCCGGGAUACUUUCGUAUGCUCCGUGCUGGACACACAGACUCGACCGCAGCCGACCAAGCACCAUCAAGUCUCAUCCGCAGGCUGUUUCGACCUUCGCCGGGUAGCGAUGACCAAAGCGCACGAACGUCACCUGCCGUAGAUGAUAAUGCCGAAUUCAUAUCCAGCACUCCAGGCGUGUCGCAACCCGAAGGAAGCAGAAUCAAGAGGGAGGCUUUUAGUCCAAAUUAUUUCAAGACCUUUUUUGUUGAAGAAAAGGUCUUGGGCAAGGGAGGCAAGGGAGUGGUGCUACUGGUGCGGCAUGAAAUUGACGGCUGCCAGUUGGGCCACUUUGCUUGUAAGCGGGUGCCUGUUGGCGAUGAUCAUGCUUGGCUUGAAAAAGUUCUGAUAGAGGUUGAGCUCCUCGCCAAGCUCUCUCAUCCCAACCUCGUUUCGUACCGACAUGUCUGGCUGGAAGAUGUCAGGUUGACCAUGUUUGGCCCCAGCGUCGCUUGCGCAUUCAUUCUCCAGCAAUACUGCAACGCUGGCGACCUUCAUCAGUAUGUAAUUGGCAAUGUGCCCAAGGAGGUUACCAAAGAGGAGCUCAAAGAGCGCAUUCGCCGACGAUCGCGAGGCCAGAUUGAUGCGUCUCGAGAGAACCUACACGACAAACCCAGAUUGUCGGUAGAAGAGAUUUACUCGCUAUUUAAAGACGUCACGUCUGGAGUUGCUUAUCUGCACGGAGCAAAUUACAUUCAUCGGGAUCUAAAGCCAAGCAACUGUCUCUUGCACCGAGAGGCCGGCAAACUCCGGUGUCUCAUCAGCGACUUUGGCGAAGUCCAGCCAGAGCAUGUGGUGCGGAAAUCGACUGGUACAACCGGCACUAUAUCGUAUUGUGCGCCUGAGGUCCUUCGCGAGGAUGAGACUGGAAACUAUGGAAACUUUACAACAAAGUCGGAUAUUUUUUCCCUUGGAAUGAUUCUCUACUUCAUGUGCUUCGGCAGACUUCCAUAUCAAUCUGCCAACGCCGUCCAAGAGGAAUUGGAAGACGUCGACCAGCUCAGAGCUGAGAUUACUGAUUGGACGGGCUUCCAGGACGAGAGACGUGAGAGGCCGGAUCUUCCCUCUAAGCUGUAUAUGCUGCUGAAGAAACUGCUUGCUUUGGAUCCGGCUGAGCGGCCUAGCGCAAACGAAGUUCUGAAUGCCAUGAAAAGCGAAACCUACUUUGAUGGAAUGACGAAAGAUCGUACUCCAAGCCCUGCCGUUGGAUUACGAGGCAACAGAGUCCAGAGCUUGGAUUCCCCGGCGGCGCCAAGCACGCCCGUUCCAGAUCCACGACGUGGCUAUCACUCUCGCAGUCUUAGCGUGCCUCAGAAUGAUGCCGCCUCAUGGCCAGCCACCGUGCCUCACGACGAUGAGGUCUUGCAAGACGGCGCCGUCUUUGACCAAAUUGACGCAGAGCCGUCCAAUGCAAUCGUCAAAAGCCGUAGUCACUCUUCGCAUCGCGACCAUGGCCAGCAAGCUCUCCAGCCAGCCGUACAGAGAAACCUUCCCAUACAGACAAACGGCCAUGCGCGCCUCGACGGGCCCCUUCUCCUGACGCCGCCUCCGCGAGAAGGUUCCGCGAUGCCGCGCGGAGCCGGGCUCCUUUUGCUGCGGUUCUGCACUGCGGUAGGCGUCACUCCGGAUACUGUAAGAUACUUUGGCCGCCUCUCCUUGUUUCUCAUCAAGCUUGCUACUUUGGUGCGGCCAUGCUGGCCUUACAUGGCUAGCCUUGAGGUUGCCGGCCCCCUCGUGCUGCUGGCUGUGUUGGACUUGGGGCUCCCAACCAGCAACCACGUUAUCCCUGCUCGACGUCCUAGUCAUGGUGAAGUCGUAACAAGCUUGUUUCGUCAGACUGGGCUUGGCACAAGACUUUUGUUUCUUGUGUUGCAUCUGACUGUAAUCUGGCUGGCUGGCCGCUGGGAGGCUCUUUGUGUGGCUGUUCCUCGUGACGAGUGGGAUGGCUGGCAGAAUUUGUAA